AUGUGGGUGAAACCUUUACAGAUUCAGAUUAGCGGAUUUUGGUCAACUGAUCGAGCUAACCCUUAUUUUAUAUUACAACGUCGUCGUGGUCACGAUGAACGACGUAGUGGUUUAGCUACUCUACUUGUUGCAACCAUUGAUACUGUUUUAGAUAAUAAAAUAAGUCGUUAUCGUAUACUUUAUAAACGACCAGAUGCUGAAAUUUAUUUUUUAAUUGCUGAAACAGAUAAAAAAGAAGAUGUUGAAGAACAUUGGAAAUGGAUUGAAGUCAAUAUGAUGCCAACACUUGAAGGAAUUGAUGUUGCUGACGAUAUUAGUGAUUUUGUACAAUGGAAAAUAAAAAGUUUAUGUACAGAAGCUGCUUAUGAAGAUAUUGGAGAUAUUGAAACGGAAAAAUUUAAAAAUGCAACAAAAAAAUUUCAUAAAGUAUUUAAUAUGUCAAUGGAUGAAAAACUUGUUAUUUAUUAUUCAUGUUCUUUUUGGCGUGGUCGUGUACCUCGACAAGGUUAUCUUUAUUUAUCUGUAAAUUAUCUAUGUUUUUAUUCGGGUUUACUUGGAAAAGAAAUAACAAUUGUAAUUAAAUUUACAGAUAUUAUUUCACUUGAACGUGUACAUAAUAUUGUAUCAGAAACAAUACGUAUAUGUACUCGUCUACAUAAAUAUCAUUUUGGAAUGUUUAGAAAACUUGAAGAAACAUUUCAAAUAAUGGAACAAAUAGCAAAUUUUGCUGCAAAAAAAUUGUUAUCUCAAAAAGGUGCAUUUCAAGAAGAAGAUCAUUUUCCAGCUGUUACAAAGUAAGUGUUUGAUAAAGUGUUAUUUUAAAUACAUGUAAACUAAAUUGAACUAGAUAGUCAUUUGAUUUCAUAUACAAAAGAAUUUCAAAAAAUAAAGAAACUAAAUUUUUACUCAUGAGUAAAUAAAGGAUUUAUCAAUUGAGAUUAAUGAAAACUUGAUUUUUGAGUGAUAGAAUUGAACGAUUAAUUUAACUCGAUUUACUAUUUUAUCUAGUUAAUGCAUUUAUAUGAAAAGAUUUAUUAACAUGUAAGUGACACAUUUGGAUUUAAUGAAAGGUGAGAAA